CUAACUGCCAGCAGUUCUGCUACUCUACCCCUGGCUGCUCUGCCUUUACACAUUUUGAAGAGUCAAGCGAAGAGUCCAGGAAAUGUGUUCUCUUCAAGGACUGCAAUGGCAAGUUGUCUGAUUGUAAGGAUUGCAUCAGUGGUCCCAUCAUGCCGAGAAUAACUGAAUGUUUGGCAGCCAAACAAGAGGUUGCUCCGACUACAGGAACUAAGAAACCAUGUACAUUUGGUUGUGCGGGGGUCUGUGUUGGACCGCUGUGUCCAGAAUUGAUUUCUGGAAUCCAGUCUACAUCAAUAUCUGAAUUGGACACAGAGGCACGAUUUGGACCCUCAUCAGAGUCUAAAAAUAACAGCACUUUAGUUUCUAAACCAAAUGUACAAGGGGAAACAGAUUACAACAGCUAUGAUGAUGCGGAGGUAACAAUAGACGAAGACAUAUUUCAAGAAUAUGCUGAUGAGUAUGCAGAUACAGAUGUGGCAACCCCAGACUCCAUCGAUUUCCAAGAGGAAAAUGAAUUUGAUAAUGAAAUAGAGGAAAGAAUGUUUGAAGCUGAAGAUAAAUUUGAAACAGAGACAAUGAAUGAUGAGCCUUUAGAAAUAGAGGAAGAAAUGGAAGAUGAAGAAGAGGUUGCAGAUGAAGAUAUCAAUAUUGAUUCAGGGUUUUUGAACGAUGAUAAAGGGAACACUGUAGAACUUCCAAGAGCUAACCCACAACCUACAUCUAAUGCUGCCUCCUCCCCAACUUUUAUAUUUCUAUUUUGUGCAAUGGGGGGAAUGAAUCUUAAUGGCGCAGUGACAGCUGUAGAUAUCCUAAGCAGUUUUACUAAAGCAAUUCAAGCUAUAACAAUUGCACCAAUGCCUUCACAAGUAACUCGAGGAGGAGAAAUGUCUGCAGCAUAUACAGGAAGAGCUAUUACAUCUUGUAGCAAUGGGUAUUCAACAUUGUCCCCUUAUGGUUACCUUUACAAGCCCGGAUCCUGUUAUGACUAUAGCCUUAACUCAAACAGCUGGAAACAGACUGGGGCAAAACUGACUACCUACCGCAAAGGGGGUACUUUGACUAAAAUGGGGAAGUAUCUGAUGGCUACUGGGGGUCAAGAUGGAAUGAGGUCAUUGAGGAGCAUUGAACUAUUUGACCCCAAAAGACCAGAGAAAGGAUGGAAACGAAUGGGCCGCAUGACUAUGCCCACAGCAGUGUCUGAACAUUGUACUGUGGCGUUAAAAGGUUCCCGCGGUCAGGAGGUCAUUAUAACAGGAGGAAAAGGCAGAGAAAACAGAGCCUUGAAGUUGGACACUUCUUCGAAUAAGUGGUAUUCCCUCAACCGAUUAAACAAUGGGCGCAGAAAGCAUGCUUGUGUUAAGGCAACUUUGAAUGGUCGAGUGGGAAUAGUAGUGUCUGGUGGUGAAAACGAAAAGGACUCUAACAUGACCUCUGUUGAGUUUUACGAUACUGAAACUGGAUCUUGGUUCAAUCUACCUAGCCUCAGGUCAGGUAGACAGAACCACGCUAUGGUGAUCAACAAAGGGAAAUUAAUGGUGGCGGGAGGUAUGAGGGAGGGAAGGAAAGGAAAAGAAUACCUUGAUGAUAUUGAAAUCUUCACUGGUCAAAGGUGGGUUGUGUCUAGUAUGAAGCUUGAUCAGCCACGUGCUGGAUUCUCAUUGGUCAAGAUUCCCAGGUCGGCUAGAUCCGUCUCAAGCAAACCACGUGUAGCAGCAAAUAGAAAUUCAAAGAUGGCGCCGAAAAAGAUGACUCCAACACAUGGUCAUGCCAAAGAGCAAGAAAAACGAGGACCUAAAUAACUAUGCAGUAAUUAUUGCAAAAAAUUGAUUGAACACAUUGAUGCAGUUUCCUUCAAAAUAAAAUUUUUUUUGAAUAA